GCCCCGCAGAGUCGUCUUCACCGAAUCAACACUAGAGACAAAUGGUUCGCCUUGCUGCCCUCGCCGGUGCCUCCGCCGCCGUGCUCGCCUCCUCCGCCGACGCCUUCACGGUGACCAUCAUCAACGCGUGCUCGGGCGACAUUGAGCUCUACACGCGCCUCGCCAGCGUCUACACGGACGAGAGCGAGACCAUCGCCUCGGGCGCCUCGGUCGACAAGACCAUCGAGAAGGGCUACGAGGGCCACUUCCGAAACGGCUCGAGCGACGCCGCCACGCUCAUCGAGUUCGCCACCAAGGGCGACCUGGACCUGGCCUGGUUCGACAUCGGCAUCAUCCCGCCGCACCUCGAGGCCGGCUUCGAGUAUUGCUCGAGCCUGCAGGAGUGCAAGGACCACUCGUCCAGCGGCAUCGGCUUCAACACGCCCGUGCAGGUGACGCCCAAGUCCAACACGAACGGCGACAACUGCCGCGAGAUCACGUGUCUGGCCGACGGCUGCGAGGACGCCUACAACUACCCCAAGGACGACACCAAGACCCACUCGUGCACGUUCGGCACGGACUUCGAGGUGACCUUUUGCCCGUCGGGCGAUGCGUCCACGGCCCAGCAGGACCAGGAGCAGCAGGAGCAGCAGCAGACGUACUCGGCCUCCACCUCUGCCUCCGCGUCGCAGGACGCCACCCAGCAGCAGACCACGGAGGAGACACCCGCUCCCGAGACGACCGAGGCUCCUGCUACGGAAGCCCCCGCCACCGAGGCCCCUGCCACGGACGCCCCUGUGCAGCAGUCGUCGGGCUCGGACGCUGGCAAGGUGCACUCGCAGAACGAGGACGUGAACGGCGAGUCGGAGACGACCGCCCCCGACGUGACCCAGGCCGAGACCCCCGCUCCGGAGCCGACCCCCGCCGUCACGCCGGCCGCCACCAAGUCCAAGUUCUGCGUGUAA